AUGGGGGUGGUGGUGGUGGUGUGUGUGUGUGUGUGUGUGUCUGUGACAGAGGGAAAUACACUGCGAUACCAAAUAAAUGAGGAGAGUGGGCCAGGCACUGUGAUCGGUAACCUUGCAUGGGACUUAUCUUGGAUUCCUUCACCGGGCACCAAAACGAAUUUUCGCAUGAUGAAACAAUUUAAUGCUUCUUUUAUCAGACUGAGAGAGAGCGAUGGGGAGCUUUCGGUCGGAGAGCGUAUCGACAGGGAGAGAAUCUGCAAGCGCAAUCCACAUUGUCUGCUUACUUUUGAUGUUGUUAAUUUUUCCAAAGAGCGCUUCAAAUUAAUUCACGUCGAGGUGGAGAUUAAAGAUAUCAAUGACAACUCUCCACAGUUUCCACACAAAGAAUCAACAAUUGAAAUUUCUGAAAAUGCUGUUGUGGGGUCCAGAAUCCCUUUAGAUGCAGCAGAGGACUCCGAUGUGGGCUCUAAUUACAUCCAAAGCUACCAGAUUUCGGUGAACAGUCACUUUACCAUUGAUGCGAUGACAAGAGCUGAUGGGGUUAAAUAUGCGGAGCUGGUCCUAAUGAAAGAGCUCGACAGGGAGACUCAGUCCUCUCAUGUUCUGGAGCUUGUUGCCACCGACGGAGGCACCCCUUCUAGAUCGGGGGCCACUAAGAUAACCAUCAAAGUGAACGACUUUAAUGACAACUAUCCAGUUUUUGACCAAAACAAUUUUUCGGUCGAUUUACCCGAGGACGCUCCUGUUGGGUAUCUUAUAUUGGAUUUAAACGCCGUUGACUCAGACGAGGGACUAAAUGGGGAAGUUGUGUACGGAUUCGGAAAACAGGUCUCUGCCGAGAUCCGACAACUUUUUAAGGUGGAACGCAAAUCGGGACGUUUAACACUUGAGAGUCCAGUUGAUUUCGAAGACAAAAAGACGUACGAGUUAGAUGUCCAGGCAACUGAUUUAGGUGCAAACCCCACUCCAUCGCUAUGCAAAAUCAUAAUUCACGUCAAAGACGUGAACGACAAUGCCCCUGAAAUCAGCAUCACUCCGAUGACUUCAACCACGGCAGGUAUAGCUUACAUCACCGAGGCUGCGGAGCCAGACAGUUUUGUGGCACUAAUCAGCACCUCGGACAGGGACUCGGGAGUGAAUGGGCAGGUCCAGUGCACCCUCUACGGGCAUGAUCAUUUCAAACUUCAACGGGCGCACGAAGACAGCUAUACUAUAGUCACCACCUCGCCCCUGGACCGUGAACGUAUCCCUGAGUAUAACUUAACAGUGGUGGCGGAGGACUUUGGCUCGCCCCCAUUAAGAGCCAUUUCCCAAUACACAAUUAGACUGACGGAUGAAAAUGACAAUGCGCCGCUGUUUAGCAAACCGUUUUAUGAAGUUUCCAUUGAGGAAAACAACGCACCAGGUGCGUAUAUUAUGACCGUCGUUGCCACCGACGUAGACUUGGGACGUAAUUCCAAAAUCACCUACAAGCUGCUGGACAGCCUUGUGAUGGGGUCACUUGUAUCAACGUUUGUGUCUCUGGAUCCAGCCACAGGCUCUGUCUAUGCUUUGAGAAGUUUUAACUAUGAGGUCAUGAAACAGCUGGACAUACGAAUCCAGGCAAGCGACGGUGGCUGGCCUCAGCUUCACAGCAGUGCCGCCAUCAAUCUAAAAAUAGGUGAUCAAAAUGACAACCCACCCUCCAUAAUUCAUCCCAUCCUGAAUAACGGAACUGCUGAGAUUCUCCUGCCGAGAGAUGCACCUUCGGGUUACAUUGUAACCCAGAUAAAGGCCAGGGAUGCUGAUGAAGGCAGAAACGCCGAGCUUUCCUACAAACUGUCAGAGGGCGGAGAUUUGGGGGUUUCAAUCAACAGGGCCACAGGGCAAAUAUACAUACACCGCAAGCUCACCUUCGACGUGGACGAGGUAUUGAAAGUCACGGUCACAGUAAAUGACAAUGGCCAGCCAUCUCUAACAUCCACAGCAACAAUACAUUUCAUUCUCACCGCUGGCGCUCCCCCCACCGACAACUUGUAUGCCAAAAACGGCGAGGAUGAGCUUCAUGAAUGGGACAUGUCAAUUGUAAUUAUUGUGGUUCUAGCAGGCAGCUGCACAGUCCUUUUACUCGCUAUUAUCUUAAUUACCACCAUUUGCAGUCGACACAAAAGGGAAAAGAGAGGAGGUGGAUUUCAUGACAAAGAAAAUGUGCCUCACUUGGAAAAGGGGGAGAGCAAUUCUGUUGCUUUGAUAUCAGACCAUGUUGGCAACAUGUUUGAAGCACAGCCAUUUCCCAACAAAUCUGUAUUAAUCAACUCCAGUGUACCUGCAGCUGGUAACGACAUCUGUCCAAGCUCCAAGAGCGGUAGAGAGAAAAGCCAUGUAUUUCAUCCCAAAGGACGGACGAUAAACUGCAAGGUGGAGGGAUAUUGUACCUUGCCUGGCUAUGGAAAAGAAACCAUGAGGCCUGUUACAAUAUGGAAGGGCAACUCAAUGACAACCAUCUCAGCAAGAGACCCACAGAUCAGUGGGAAGGACAGUGGAAAAGGAGACAGUGACAUCAAUGACAGCGAUUCAGACAUCAGUGAUGGGAACAAAAAAGACUGCCAACCUGUUAAUGGGCUGUGGGCCUGCACAAGUGAGUGCAAGAUCCUGGGCCAUUCUGACAGAUGCUGGAGCCCAUCAGCAAUCAGACCCAAUGGCAACCCAUCUAACAGACAUCUCUCGACAUUUGCCAAGACAGCCACGCUGCCAAGGGACAGUCUUCAGAGGGAAAGCCAUAACAAGGCUCAAAUGCCCAAGACAAGUGGUCCCUACAGUGUUCAGGAAAAAGUUCAGCACAGAAAAUUUGACUACAUCCUCGUGUGCUCGGCGCAGCCAGAGAGGAUUCCCGAGUCGGAGGAGAUCAGCAUUCCCUUGUACACACAUUCCACAAAGACAUUUUCAGCUCAUGAUAAUGAUGAUGACGAGGAUGAUGAUGAUAGGUUUUCAAAAUCAUAAAAUCCCAAGUGCACAGUGUUUAGGUGUGUUUGUACUGUAGGUGUUUGUCCCUUUGGUCUCUUUUUUGACUAUUUCUAAUAUGUUGAUAUUACAUUUCUUUGUAAAUACAGAGUAUAUUUUUCUAUUAGAGACGGAAAAACAACACUUCUGAUUUUAUAUGGCAUGUGGAGACUCAUGUAAUGGACAACUACUGGGCAGAAUAAUUCAGAUUCAGUCUUAAUCAAUG